AUGGUCUUCAGACCAGUCAGUUUGAAAGCAGCAGCAGCAAAAUCGCCGCACAAGUUGACAGUGGGAAAAUGCCAUGGAGUGUCAAAGACUCUGGUCGAAGCCGAAGUGCAGACCUACUGCAAGUCCCUGCGCGACGAAGACAUCGCUGUGGGUACAAAAGUGCUCAUUGUCAAGGCAUUGAGCAUCCAUCCUUCCUUCCACGGUGGCCGGGCGAAGGCAUUAUCAAACUGGGUCUACGAAUUCUUGAAUCGGAACCACCUGUGCCUUCGUCGUCCAACUCGCCAAGGACAGAAGCGUUCGAACCACCUGCAAGCUACCAUGGACGACUUUGUUGGCAACGUGAACGAUAGGUUCCUCUCUUUUGAAGCUUGGCGAAAAUCGGUCUGGGUGCCGUUUAUUGGCGACGAAAGCCCGAGCGUGCUUCUACUCGACGACUACAAGUGCCACAAGCAACCAUCAUUCACUCGCAAAGUUGCGAAAGUGGUCCAUAAGGACGGCUUGAACAAUACCAGCGUUUCGUUCGGAGCGUUGACGCUGGUAUUUGCUCAGGGAGGUGCGGUAGUCCUCUACAACGAUGGCAAUAUUGUUCGCAAAGUCUUAUUUCUUCUUCAGCAAGCGCAAAGGGAGGAAGCCGGCGUGGCAUGCUUACUCGCUGGCAACAAGGCGGAACACCUUGAGAACCUCUUCGAGGUUCCCAUUUUCGCCUUUAACCUCAAGGCGGCAAACAACCAGGUCGUCGACUCUCCAGUAAAGUCACCCCAAGUGUGUUUGUGUGCGCGUCGCCUCAUGGAGCUGAAGGCUGUCGACAUCGUGGGUGUGUCGAGCGGUGAAGGGACCCGCUCAUGUACCUGCCAUGACAUGUGUGGGGAUAGCCUUACAGUCGACGACCUGGUUGUUUGCCGCCUUGAGGUUCAAGGCGAAAGUGUGAACCUGAAAGAGGUUCUCAAGGUGUUCCUCCUUGUUGCCAGCGAGUAA